AAUGAGAUACAGAAAUCCUAUUUGCAAAAUGAGGCAGGUCUCUGACAGACAAUUUGGGAUAACUAUUUUCGUUAUGAUAAUAUUAGUCUGCAUUUUUAUAUCAUAUGAUUUUGACAGACUAAAAUCUCAAAGACACAUGUAUGGAGAUGAACCACCAGGAUAUAAAGAUGUUCUACUAUAUAAAGAUGAAAGUUCACAAGAUGCAAACAGGAAAUUCAAUUUUGAUCCAAAUGGCAAUAAAAUUAUUGUCAUACUUCACAUCCAGAAAACAGGAGGAACAACUUUUGAGUCGAGACUGGUGGAAACACUAAAUGUGACACCAAGAUGUGUGUGCCGCCCAGGAGAAAAGCGCUGUGAGUGCAUCAAUAAUAAUGGACAUGUUUGGAUAGUGAGUGGCCAAAAAUCCCUCAGGUGGCCAUGUGGUCUACAUGCUGAUUGGACAGAAUGGAAUGAAUGCAUUGAUGGAUAUUUUGAUGAACUUGAAACACUGCAUAGGGACAGAAGUUACCUAUAUGUUACAAUGCUAAGAGAGCCUAUUCAGAGAUAUAUAAGUGAAUGGAAGCAUGUCCAGCAGGGUGCUACAUGGAUUAGAUACAAGGGACAUGAAAUAAAAUGCAACAGACAGAAAGUUACUGAGAAGGAACUACCCAAAUGUUUUAAAUCUAACUGGAUAAAUGUCCAGCUUAAUGACUUCAUCAAAUGUCCACACAACCUUGCUAUAAACAGACAGACUAGAAUGCUAGCCAAUCUAUCAUUGGUUGACUGCUAUAAUACUAGCACAAUACCAAAGCCAGAAAGAGAUAGAAUGAUGCUUGAAAGUGCAAAAAAUAAUUUGAGGAAUAUGGCAUAUUUUGGAUUAACAGAGUACCAAGAAUUGAAUCAACAUCUCUUUGAAUUUACAUUUGGAGUGAAUUUUACAAAAGAUUUUUCCCAAAAAGCGAUAACUAACGCAGUUGAAGCUGAAAAUGUUAUUUCAUCUUCCCAACUUGAAAGCAUCAAAGAACUAAAUAAUCUUGAUAUUGAACUGUAUAAAUAUGCAAAGAAGUUGUAUUUUCAAAGAAUAGAUGCAUAUAAUAUAAUAAAAUAUAAAGUACAAG